UUUUGAGAUUUGAGAUGCAUAAUAAUAACAUAACUAUAAACGUCGUCUGGGUGCCUAGGGUUCUUGUUCCGGAAGGUCUCCCUCCCUCUCUUUUCUCUCUCUGUGCGGUGAAAUGGCUACUGUUCCAGGGCCUUUGAUUUGGGAGAUCGUGAAGAGGAACAACUCCUUCCUCGUGAAGGAGUUCGGGAACGGAACUGCAAGCGUGCAGUUCAGCAAGGAAAGUAACAAUCUCUACAACCUGAACUCCUACAAGCACUCAGGUUUAGCAAACAAGAAGACGGUUACGAUUCAACCUGGAGGAAAAGAUCUUUCUGUGGUGCUUGCCACUACGAAGACGAAGAAGCAGAACCAGCCUGCAAGCUUGCUCCACAAAUCGGUCAUGAAGAAGGAGUUCCGUCGGAUGGCCAAGGCUGUUGCUAACCAGGUCUCAGAUAACUACUACAGGUCGGAUCUGAAGAAUGCAGCCCUUGCAAGGCUUAGCGCUGUACACAGGAGUCUCAAGGUUGCCAAGUCCGGUGUCAAGAAGAGGAACAGGCAGGCAGUGAAGGUCCGUGGCAGGAAGUGAGAUAACGACUAGUCUGUUAUUUUUCCCCUUUCCGUCACUUUUUAUUUUUAUUUGUUUUAGUUAAAGGGGGGAACAGUAUCUUUGGUUUAGCUAUCUGAGUUGGGAAGAGCCUAGUUUGUUGUCUGAAGCGUGACAAGGUCUUGUUAUUGUUAGCCAAAUUCUUGCAAUGGGCCUUUUAUUUGAAUUUGUUAAAUACCAUUAUUAUGAUUUAUGGGCGAGCUCACAAUAUAUCUAAAGCGAAAGUUUUGAAA